AUGUAUGGGCGCUUAAUCAUAUUUGUUAGCUUAGGGAUUGGUUGUACUGUCUGGUACAACUUUAUACCUGGAGUACCAGAAGUAGCACCUCCAGGAAUCUUAGUACCGAGAGAGCUUCCGUAUGAUUCUUUCAAGGAUGUUUCAUUUGAUAUAGCCCCCUUUAUGAAAAUGAGUUAUGUGGAGUAUAAGUAUAUAUCAGAUCAAGUGUUAUCCGCCUUUGAUAAUGUCUAUCCGUUCAAUGAAAUCCAUCUUCCUAGUGGUAACACUGCUGAAGGUAGCAAUGCUAGGGUGGCCCUUGGUUUAGGGAUCAUAGUAGCAGCCUUUCUCGGAAUGGGUUUUUACACUCUAUCUCCGCUAAGGCUCAGGAGAAUAAGUAGGGAUGAUCUACUAGAAUUUUUAUUUGCAACGCUACCUGAUUUUCCUGACUUAACGUUUUAUCCAAGCAGAGAUAGUUCACACUAUAUAGUUGUUUUUCCAUCAAAAAAAGAGGAUGUCUUGGUGUUCAUGGCAUUGAGUAUCCAUUUCUAUCGUUUGACUUAUGGUUAUGUGCCCAAGGAGAAUUACAGAUUAUUAGAUAGGUUAGGUCUCUUUUAUUCUGGUAUUCAAAACAUGGGUAAGGUGACUAGACUGUACCAGAUUAACAUGGAUCCAUCAUUACAACUGAUUCCUGAGAGUCUGGUUUUAGAUGGUGUUAAGUCCUUUGUUGGGGCAGAUUCGGUUUGUUAUAAGCUGGUUAGUAGCUUUCUAAAUCUCGAGACCUUUGAUGAGGAUGGUAGAAAGAUAUGCUUCGGUUGUAUGCCAAUUGUUGGAGAAAUCACUAGGGUCUUAUUCAAUCUUACCUUAAUGGAGUUCGACCGGCAGUUCAGCCAUAAAUAUCCAGGGAUUGCAUUUGAAAGAUUCAUAGGUAUGGUCUUUAUAGCAUGUACUGAUGAUCUAAGAAUCGAUGAAUAUCAAGUAUUUGAUAUGAUACAAGAUCUCGGGCUGUCUUGUUCAAUCGAGUAUACAGAACCAGGGCUAGAGCCUCUCUAUUGUCGCAAUAGGAUGGUUGCUCUGGACUAUGAGGGUAAGGUUGUCGUGUACAAUCCUACAGAUUACUAUCCUACAGAUUAUGGUUAG